AAAGCCCUAGCCUGCCACGUCAGCUAGGGCGAGGGUUUUGGGCUCAUGGAGGGAGCAGCCAAGGCGUCGCGGGCGGGCAGCAAGCGCGCUCGCUUCACGUACGAGGAGCCGGAUCCAGACGACGACGAUGAGGACGAUCAGCCCAGGAAGCUGAAAUUUCCUAAAGGAAAGAAGAGCGAUGUCUUCGAGCGUGGCGGCGUCGAUGAGGAGGAGGACGAUGGCGAUCCACGCCCGCGCAGUGCACGCAUUGCCGCGACCGAGCGGGCGAUGCGGCGGAGCGUCAUGGCGGAGCAGCUCAGAACCGCGGAAGAUACUUCCAAUCUCCAUGAUUUCAGCCAAGCCGAGGAGAGCUUCGAGAAUGACGAUGAUGCUGUCAAGUUGGAGCCAUUCAACUUAAAUGCGGAGAGAAGGGAUGGCUUCUUUGACGAUGAUGGCCAUUAUGUGGAGUACGCGACCAAGUUCGAGGCUCGGGACGCUUGGCUGGACAGUGCGGAGGUAGACACCCGGUUCGCGGCCAAACACCUCGCGAGAAAAGAUAAAGAGGCUGCCGAGCACGACAUUUCUCCUCGAGAUAUCGGGCUCAUGAAGAAGCGGAUUGCGGACGCGCUGGAGCCUGGAGAAACGGUCCUGGAGGCACUGAGACGACUUAGAGGGUCCACGAAAGAAGGGAAUCGACGAGGCAAGCUAACCGGGCCCGCGAAGAUCGCCUUCGACCAGCUUACAGAAGAUGCAAUGAAGCUGAUGGACAUCGGUGAAUCAGACGUCUACGACAAGGUGCAAGAGAAGUUUCGACGAGAAGCAGAUGCUGUGCUACAAGAGGAAGUAGAUAUCUUCUCGGAUGAACCUCAAGCGUCAGAGCCUGGCGAGGCGGAUGCCACUGGAUAUGUCUACGAUGGAUCCUCCGGAUACUACUACAACGCCGAGACGGGAUACUACUACGACCCGAGCUCGGGCCUGUUUUGUAGCGCGGCAUCCGGCCAGUGGUUUAAGUUCGAUGAAGCAACGAAUGCGUAUGUAGAGGCGGUUUGAUCAGCUUGUAAAAAAGAACCAUAAGAAAUACAAGAAUGGUUUCGAGUCGAA